UACAAAAUGAAUAGUGCUGUUUUUAUUUUACUAAAUAAGCUAGUGUAAUUUGUGUAUAUAGUUAUCUUUUUAUAUAAAAAAUUAGAGCACUGUGUAAGAAAAUGCCUUAUCCUGAAUUGGUUGUUCUGAUGUAAAUAAUUUGUAUUAUUUACUAAUAUUUAAAAUGCGGUGCUGUGUGCCGGGCUGCAAAAAUGACUCGAGGCAUAUCUCGAAGUCCCAGGGAAUCACUUUUCAUGUUUUUCCCACUGAACCAACUCUCCGUUCGUCCUGGUUGCGAGCCCUUGGGAAGGAAUCAUGGGAGCCCAAGGAGCGCAGUGCGGUCUGCUCAGAGCAUUUCCUGUGCGAAGACUUGUAUGAGACUAGGAGCGGACUGAGGAAAGUGAGGGCAGGUGCCGUGCCGAUUAUGCAGGAUGGCACUUGUAACCAUGGUGAAGCCAAUACUUUACAGGUUUGCCGAAUUUGCCUUGCCGUGGACGGCAGGCUUCUCUCUAUCAGAAAGUACCGUCUGGAAGAGGCCUAUCACCACCUAACAGGGCUCGAGUGUGAAGAUAAGCUACCGGGGCAGCUGUGCGUGGAGUGCGCACACCGACUCCUAAACAGCAGUAGACUAAGGAACAAGAGUUUAAGAGCACAUUCUAUUAUGAUAGAAAUUGUGAGCAGACAAGAUAACCUAACUUUAGAAAACCUAGCCACAAUAAACCGAGACAAUAAUAGACUUACAUCGAACCUAAGACCUAGACAUAAUGAGCCUAACUUCUACAACCAAACAUUUGACCACGACACAAUCGAAGCAAAAGAACCAAUAUUCGAAGUCAACAUCACCGAUGAAAUAGUCAUUAAAAAUGAAAAUAAUGAUGAUAAUGAAAUGAAAGAGGAAAAUGAUUAUGAUAAUGAUGGAGAUUUUGUGGCGUCAGACAGAGAGUAUUCGACCGAUGACAGUUUGCCGUUAGAAGCUAGAAAGAAAAAGAAGGAGAGGGUUAAGAAGAGUAAAAUUGAGAAGGACGAAGUUGUUAAGAAGGUGCGAAAGAGACAAAUGAAGACAGACCCGACGCAGCCCAAAAUCGACCGGAGACGAAAGCCAUUCUUGAACGACGAACUGAACGAAACCCUUUUCACGAUUACGGAUCUCACUCAAGAGGAGCAAUUAGAAGAGAUACGGAAGAGACAAGAUACUGCCAAUUAUAAAAACUCUGUGUUCAAAUGUGAAGCGUGCUUUAAAGGGUUCCUCGACGAAGACGCUUACAACAGCCACAUCAUUAGGCAUACCGAUCAAUGCGGCGAAUACGAGUGCAACAUAUGUAAGACUCAUUUCAAACAUCCGCACGCGCUGCGGAAGCAUAUAACUGCGCACCACACACAGCGGUUUAGUUGCAAUCAGUGUCCUUACGUCACAACUCACAGACAAACAGCAAGGCUUCAUGAAAGGUGGCAUAAAGGCACCAAAUAUCAAUGCCCGCACUGUCAAGACGAAUUUGUUAAAUUCACAACAUACAUGGGCCAUAUUCGAAUCAAGCACCCGUCCGACUUCGUCUGUCAGCUGUGCGGGUAUUCCUUCGUCAGCGAGAAAGGGAUAGAGCUACACAAGAAACUGAAACACAGGCUUGACGAUCCGCAGAUACCAGAGGACGGGCCUUUCUGUGAGCUUUGCAACGUACGUUUUGUAUCAAACGAGGCUCUGAGAAGGCACAUACACGUUUCGGCGAGACACGCCGGCAGUGACAAAGACGACAAAGAAGCGAACAAGUCGAAGAGGCCACGAAAGCCGCGGGAAGCGAACGUAGGCCACGAGCGGAAGCGAUCGCGGAGCACCUCGAGCGAGCGGCGCCGCUACCCCAGCCAGCUGCGCAAGGCGGAAGGACCCAUCCCUUGCGAACAGUGUGGGAUGCAGCUAGAGGACUCACGGGCGUACCACGGCCACUUCCGCCGGAUGCACCCAGACAAGAAUCGAACCAACUACCCCUCUAUGAAGUCGCCGUGCAUGUGCGAAGUAUGCGGGCGGAUGUUUCAGAGCUACGCCCUACUAAAAGACCACACGUGGACCCACACAGGCGAGCGUCCCUUCAAGUGCGACUCCUGCGGCAAAUCCUUCCGCAUGAAGCAACGCCUUGUCGCGCAUCGGCGCGUGCACAGCGACCAGCGCGCCACCUACGUGUGCGGCGUCUGCGGGAAACACUUCAGCACGCACAGCAAUCGCCAGCGGCAUAUGUUUAUCCACACCGGCCUAAAACCAUUCAAGUGCGAAAUGUGCGGCAAGUGUUUCAAGCACGCGAGUGAGAAGCGAGCGCACAUCACCUACGUCCACCUGAAGAAACCGUGGCCCAAGCGAGCGCGGGGCAAGCGCAGGGACUCCAGACAGAGCAUGCAACACCCUCAAAUGUCAGUGGGCACGAGUGCGAGCGAGAUGGACAUAGUUCAGCCGCUCUGGCCGUCGUGCGACCCGAAGCUUGCCGAUAUAAACGCGAUGAUGGACGACAAACCUAUGUAUUACAACCUAAAGAUAUAGUCCGGAACAAAAUGGUAAGGGAGAACGGUAUAACAGUACUAUUAUUGUUUUAUUUUUUUAAUUUCAAGUUGUAGUCAGAAGUAUCAUGGUCAUUAUUGUAGUGCGAUCAGAAUCUAGCCGAUAUAAUUAAUUUCAAGUUGUGGUCAGAAGUAUAAUGCUGUGGGUCUAGUGAA